AUGAUAAAUAUAAGUAGAAUUAGAGAUUUGAAGAAAUGUGUUAUACCUUUAACAUCUAGAUCCAUCUUAAAAGUAAGUGGACCGGAUGCUGUGAAGUUGGUUCAAGGAUUAACUACCAAUAAUAUGGGUAGAUUGGUGGACAGUCAAGCACCGUCGCCUACCUCACUCUAUACAGGAUUUCUCUCGUCGACCGGACGUCUCUUGUUUGAUGCAGUGGUUUUCCAUCAGCAAAAUGUGGAGGUGAUCUCUUCUUCGGCGUCGAGAGUCGCUAAAUCCGAUGGCAGCAGCGGUGAGCAGCAACUCUUUAUCGAUGUCGACUCGGAGGUGGCAUCACGAGCAAUCGAGCAUCUUCACUACUACAAAAUCAGAAACAAGGCAACAAUAGAAAAUGUCACUGAGGAGUUCGCACUGUUCUCAGUGCUCGACAAGACAUACAAAUCCGUGAGAAACGACCAACUCUUUGAGCAUCUCAAACAACAGAAAUGCACCGUAAUGAUGGAUCCAAGACACGACGCAAUGGGUCUAAGAAUUUUAGUUCCAUCAUCAAAGAAUUCAAUGAAAAAUGAAGUUUUGUCAAACUACCCAGAAGAGAAAGAAGAUGUUUAUAAUCUCUAUCGUGUACAGAAUGGUAUCCCACAGGGUGUAAAAGAUUACUCCUAUGAUAAGGUUAUUCCAUUGGAAUAUAAUUUCGAUCUUCUGAAUGGUGUUGACUUCCAUAAGGGUUGCUAUUUGGGUCAGGAGUUGACGUCGAGAACUCACUACACCGGUUUGAUCAGAAAGAGACUGUUCCCAGUGGUUAUGUCGUCCGAUUCUCCUAAAGAACACUCUGUCAAAAAAGAACAUCAUCUGCUUUUCUCACAGAGUGUAGUUGAUUCUCUCGAUGUCCAGGCACCACCAGCCGAUACAGAGUUGAAGAUUACCAUCCUCACCGGAUCGACUUCACCAUUCAACGAAAAGCAACCACAUCAACAUAGCAACACACCACCUCCACCACCAUCAAGAACAACAGAGAAAGUUAUCUCAUCAUACAACAACAUCGGUUUGGCUAUUGUCAAAGUUGACCAUAUUGAUUCAGCAUCGUUCAAAUCCACCAACAUCAAAGAUCCUAAAGGAAGAUCAUUGGAGCUAUUGGAACCAUGUUGGUGGUCAAAAGUUGUUGGUAUUCAAGUGCCAACCCAACAGGUUAGCUGA